CUGAACGGUUGCGGCUUUGCGAAAACGUUUCAAAUGUACCAUCUAACAGCAAAAUAGAAUCUCUAUUUUGUGUCUUUCUAAAACCCAUGAGUGUUAUCUGAAGUGAAGAUUGAAGACGUGAUAGAAGAUGGACGACUACUGCUAUGCUAAGAUGGCGACGUCCGCUAAAAGAGAACAUGAAAGAGAAUCAGCGCCACCAACUUCCAGCAAAUCACCAACGGAGAUAAAGACGAAAGAUGAAGAUUUCCGGCAUCAUCCUGAAGGACUUCCGCUUCAGCUGCAGGGGGGAAGCUGUACUUUGAAGCCGGAAGCUUCGCAGUCCCGCCUCUUAAAAGAGGAAGAGGAGGAACUUUGCAUCACUAAGGAGGGAGAGUGUUUUCUAUUGCAGGAGAAAGUUGAUCCCACCAAGUUGCCACUAACAAUUGUCUAUGUGAAGACUGAAGAUGAUGAAGAGAAAGUAAACAACCUGAUAGCUCCACUAUCAGAUAGCGAGGCUGAAGACAAGGAUGAAGGAACUUUGUGCGAUACAGACUGUGAAGAUGAUAUCAGGACUCACACUGACAACAAACACUCUCAAUGCAUUAAAAAGAAGACAUGUCAAAAUACUUCAAGCUGCAUAGUUUGUGGUAUGAUAUGUACCACAAAGAGCCGUUUGACUGAACACAUGAGAAAACACACAGGAGAAAAACCAUUCAAAUGUUCAGUUUGCUGCAAAAGCUUUUCUUAUAAUGGCAGUUUGGCUCACCACAUGAGAACACAUGCGGAAGAAAAAAUAUUUAAUUGUUCAGUUUGUGGUACAAACUUUUCUCACAAGAUCAGUUUGACUCAACACAUGAGAACACACACUGGAGAAAGACCAUUUAAUUGCUCAAUUUGCUGUAAAAGCUUUUCUGUUAGGAGCAAUUUGACUCAACACAUGAGAACGCACACAGGAGAAAAAUUAUUCAACUGUCCGGUUUGUGGUAAAAGCUUUUCUCAAAAGAGCAGUGUGGCUGUACACAUGAAAACGCACUCUGGAGAAAGACCAUUUAGUUGCUCAGCUUGCGGUAAACACUUUUCUAAUCGACAGUGUUUAAGUAGACACGAAAUUAGACACACAGGAGAAAAACCAUUCAGCUGUUCAGUUUGCGGCAACAGCUUUACAGAAAGGAGAAAUUUGUUAAGGCACCUGAGAACACGCCGUAGAAAACACAUCUAGUUGUUCCGUUUGUGGUAAAAGGUAUACCCAAAGUAACACGAUUUCCAAUCACAUGAGAACACACGCAGAGGACAAAAAAACAUUUAGAUGCACAAUUUAUAGCGUAGGCUUUUUCUAUUGACAAACUUUGACUCAACACAUAAUUAAACACCCUGCAGUAAACCCUUUAAGUAAUUACAGUAAGUUAAUUACAGUAAGGGGCGGCGUGGCGAAGUUGGUAGAGUGGCCGUGCCAGCAAUCGGAGGGUUGCUGGUUACUGGGGUUCGAUGUGGGCUCUGUACCGAGGAUGUCGUUGAGGCUUGUGCAGCCCUUUGAGACACUUGUGAUUUAGGGCUAUAUAAAUAAACAUUGAUUGAUUGAUUGAUGCUAUUGUUGAAGUAGCUAUGAAAUCACUGCGUCCAAGAGAUAAAUUGCUGACAGAAAAUACUAAAUAUUAUCAAAAGUCUGUAAUUAAAUGUUAUGAAUUUGUCUGUCACUAUUUGCAUAGAAAAUGUUAUUGGCAGUUUUAGACUAUGUUUGAAGGCUUUAUGGGUGGAAUAGACUACUCCCCAUUACCUGCAUUUUUAGCUGCCUCAUGCUAGUGGUUUUUGACUAUUCAGAAUGCACAGAAAAUGGAAAGACGUGUGUGCUUCUCCCACAUAAGAAUUGAGGAUGAUGUCAAAAUUACAAAAAAGUGUACAUUUACUUUAUCACUUUAAUAGCCUUCAGCGUCGUCUCACAUCACAGCAGUCAAGUUAGAGCUCAAACACAAAGACAAACAAGACACGUUCAGCCUUCACAAUAAGAGCAGUGUACUAAGAAGAUUGCAAGUCAAAGUAUUUAGUAAGUUUAUAAUUGUAUUAUUUAGAAGAAAUAAUAUAUGUAUAAUAAAACUGAUAGUGUUUAUUAUAAUACAGAUUGCUUUUGUUUUUUGAAAAAUACACGUGAAGGCGACUUGAAAAAUAAUCACAAUAUUAAGGAGGGAAGAAAAAUCACGAUUGGAAUAUUUUCCACAAUUGUUCAGCCCAAGAUCACAGAGGAGAAUAUUUUUUUAAAUGCUCAAUUGGUGGCAGAAGUUACUAAUGUAAGAAAUGGCUGCUCUUUUGCAAGGCAACACACAACAGAGACUAAACGUUGUUUUUGUCCAUUUUGUGCUCAAAGAUUGUUAAAUGAUAGAAUUAUAAUGUCACAUGUGAGAAGUCAGCUAAAAAGUGAUGAUUGCUGUGUGUAUGAUACCAGAUUCCCUCAUGAGUUCGAGUGAUGCUAAGAACAGCAGUAAUACAGACAGAUACAUUCUCAUUAUUGUUUUUGUUCAUCAUGGACUUUGUUCUUUACCAAAUGUUGGGCAACUGUAUUAAAGGUCGAGUGUGAGGUCUUUAUGUGGGAAAGUGUCAACCAUUUGAAUGUGAAGAUACUCUAUUUCUAAUUAUGAAUUUAAGUAAAAAUAAGUGAACAUAUUCCAGAAGUUUCCCUAAACUUAACCAAAGAAGAUAAAACAAGAUAAUUUUAGCUGUAAUAAUAGUAAAAGUGGGGCCAGGCAGUGUACAUAAUAUCCAAAUACUGUGAUAUUAGGUUUGCAAAUUUAUGUGAUAUAUACAGUAUAUUCAGAUUGUACAAAUAUUGUUAUACGGUUUACAGAUCACAUUUUAAACAGCAAGGUGCAAUUCAUGUGAUCAAAAAUGUAUC